AUGCAUUCUGCAGCCCUAGUCACGCUACAGCUGUUUCUGCUGCUGCUCUCCUUGGCCUCUCCUGCCCGCUCAUGCACCGAGCAAGAGGAGCACUCCCUCCUCCAAUUCCUCACCGGGUUAUCCCAAGAUGGCGGCCUCACCGUGUCGUGGAGAAACGGCACGGACUGCUGCGAAUGGGAAGGCAUAACCUGCGACAGGGAGGGGGGCGUCACCGCGGUCUCCCUGGCAUCUAGAGGGAUUGAAGGUCGCAUCUCGCCGCACCUUGCCGGUCUCACCGGCCUGCUGCGUGUCAACCUUUCACACAACUCGUUCUCCGGUGGCCUUCCACCGGAGCUCAUGUAUUCCAGAAGCAUCAUCGUCCUCGACGUCAGCUUCAGCAGGCUUAGUGGGGUGUUGCACGAGCCGCCAUCUUCGGUUACCUACGCCCGGCCUCUACAGGUACUGAACAUCUCGAGCAACCAAUUCGGUGCAGAAUUUCCAUCACACACAUGGAAGGUCAUGCAGAAUUUGGUCGUGCUUAACGUCAGCAACAACAGCUUCACCGGGCACAUACCACUUUCUCUUUGCCUCUCGCCAUCAUUGGCCAUGCUUGAUCUUUGUUACAACCAAUUGAGCGGCAGUAUUCCUGCUGCACUUGGCGCUUGCUCCAAGCUCAAAGUGUUCAAGGUUGGGCACAACAACCUAAGUGGGACUCUCCCUGCUGAGCUCUUCCAUGCCACUUCCCUGGAGCAUCUCUCCUUCCCCAACAAUGGAUUACAAAGAGAACUUGAUGGAGCAAACAUAGUAAAACUCAGUAAUCUGGUUACUCUCGACCUCAGGGAGAACAAAUUCAGUGGGAAGAUCCCAUGCUCCAUAGGUCAGUUGAAGAGGCUACAGGAGCUCUAUUUGGGUAACAAUAACAUGUCUGGGGAGGUGCCAUCAACUCUGAGUAACUGCACACGUCUCAUGAUCAUCGAUCUGAAGAUCAACAACUUCAGUGGAGAUUUAGUAGUCAACUUCUCCACCCUACAGAACCUGACACAUUUAGAUGUUUUGAGAAAUAACUUCAGCGGCAUAGUGCCAGAAAGCAUAUACUCAUGCAGAAAUUUGAUUGCACUGCGGGUGUCGUUGAACCAUUUCCAUGGUGAGAUCUCACCAAGAAUAGGGAAUCUGCACCUAUCCUUCCUAUCACUUGCUAGAAACCCUUUUACAAAUAUCACAAAAGCUUUUCAUGUCUUCAAUGGCUUCAGGAACAUCACCACUCUGAUUAUUGCCGAGAACUUUGUGAAUGAGAUGAUGCCACAAGAUGAGACCCUGGAUGGUUUUCGAAAUCUUCAAUACAUCCACAUGGCCGACAGCGCGUUAACCGGACACUUGCCAGUUUGGUUAUCAAAGCUUAGAAACUUGAAGGUACUAAAGUUAUCCAACAAUCGACUCACCGGACCAAUGCCAGGCUGGAUCAACUCCUUAAAUAGCCUCUUCUAUCUAGAUGUAUCAAACAACAGUUUUACUGGGCAAAUCCCAAUCGCCUUGAUGGAGAUCCCAAUGCUUAAAGAUAAUACAGCAGCUUAUUUGGAUCCUGGCCACGUUGAGCUGCCUCUUUUUUGGAGGAAUAUAUCACGCCAAUACCAUUUUCUUACAGCUUUCCCUACACUCUUGAAUCUGAGCAUCAACAAUUUCACAGGCGUGAUUCCAUCGGAGAUUGGCCAACUGAAAGUGCUUUCUGAACUCGACUUCAGCUCAAACAAAUUAUAUGGACUGGUUCCGCUGUCGAUCUGCAAUCUCACGAAGCUGGAGGUGCUAGACUUGUCUAAUAACCAUCUGACGGGUGUAAUCCCUGCAGCACUGGAGAGACUUCACUUCCUUUCUGCAUUCAACAUUUCGAACAAUGAUUUAGAAGGGUCUGUACCAGCAGGAGGCCAGUUGAGCACUUUUCCAGAUUCCAGUUUUGAUGGGAACCCAAAGCUGUGUGGCACUACGCUUAUUCACCAGUGUAGUUCAGUCAGAGCAGAUCCUAUCUACAUUAUCUCUGCAAAACAGCCCAGCGUCAAGGUCAUAUUUUUUAUUGGCUUUGGUUUGUUCUUUGGAGUAGGCGUGCUAUAUGACCAGCUAGUGUUAUAUAGGUAUUUCGGCUCAGCCCAUUUCAAUUGUAAUUUGUUCUAAUAUUCAAUGGAUAGAGGUCAAUCAAGCAAUAAAUAGCCAUGAAUUUUAGUUUUUUUGCGUGUUUGAAUCCACCCGAGUUGGAUUUUAUUUUAUAUUAGUUGAGUCUGCAACAGUUUAUGUUGUUCGCUUCCUGAAUGAUAGGUAGUAGUAAUUCAAUGAUUUUCAGAUUGGAAGUCGUGGUUGUGAGCAAUUCAAGUGGGAAGUGUUCAGGGUAAUGUAAUUUUAUUUCAAUCAGGGUUGGACCUAGCGUAAACAUAAAACUGGUCAUUAGUUGACCAGACAGCUAAAACUUUACAGGAUGUUACACAUAUUUGGUCCACAGAUGAAACAACUUCAUGUAAGUAUUUCUUUUCUUUUCUUUUUUGCAACACUACUUCAUGCAAAUAUGUUAGCAACCCUAUUGCGGAAACAUCUUCAGAGAUGCAUAUAUCAUGCCAGCCAAGUUCAUGCUAGACAACAAUUAAAUGAAUACAGUAACUGUUAAUAACGGGGUCAGAUCACCCUACAUUUCAUACAGAGCUCAAUCUACAGAUCCAGAUCACCAUAGACAGCAGUAACAAGUAAUCAACGAACGGCACAUCAAUUACCAAUUGCGCCUUGCCACCCUAUAGUCCUGUACUGACAGAAUACAAG